AUGACCACCGAGCCCUCAGGAGGGGACGGAGCCGCCAGCAACUCCACACAUGGCUCUCCCGAGGCCUCCCUGUCCAACAGCAGGACUACGGACAGCCCAGUAGGGAGGUCCCAAGAUCAGGUCCCCCUCCCUGCAGAUGCCCCGGUGGUGGUGGGCAGCCCUGCGACAUCCGCUGAACAGCAGGAUGCAGACCAGGACUCCUUCAAGACAGCUACCUCCGAGGCCGAGUCAACAUCUGGGGACAGAGACGAGGAUGCAGUUGCUCCCAGCGACAGCCAGGAAACGACUGAAGGGAUCACAGUUUUGCUCCCCAGCCGAGACCCAGGUCCCCUGCAAAAGUCCACGAGCUUCCACGACCUGACAUGGAACAGGCUGGUUCAAGAGGCAAGGGAAACUCAGAGUCUGGGGGCUUUCCCAAGCCCCUCUCUGAGUGAGGACAAGACACCACAAGUGGAGAGUAUUUCCAACAAGGAGCCGGAAUUAGCUCCCCCUGCCCCACGUGCUGAGGUACAGCCCACCCAGAACGCAGAACUUCCGCCCACCACGAAUGACGCUGAGUCCCCUGCGGAUGCCAAGGGUCACCCUCAGGCCACCAGCACCAUCAAGGCCGUCGAGGAGAAAGCUGAGGGUCCAAAGGCCUUACACUUUGACACCAAAGCUUUGCCGUCAGACGAGUCCCACGUGGUGACGGGGGAGGAUGUGGUGGACUGCUCACGAGAGCCGCGGGCUCGAUCUCACUCUCCCUCCCCAGGAGGCGGCGUCCCCCUAUUGCCUGGCCCCAACGAGGUGGCCCUGGGGGGGAGGCCCCUGGACCCCAACCUGUACACGGCCAGCGAGGAGAACGACUACAUGCGCUCCAUGACCAGCUUGCUGGGCGGGGGCGAGAGCUCCAUCAGCUCCCUGGCAGACAUCCUGGUGUGGUCCGAGACCACCAUGGGCAUGGACACGGCCAUGGGCUUCCUGGCCUCUGACCACAGCACCGUGGCAGACGUGCUGCACAGCGCGGGGCCCGGCCUGCGCUCCGUCUCCAGCAUCCUGGGCAGCGCCAGCUCAGCCCUCUCCUCUGGGCUGGUGUCAGGGACCAGCUCUGCCCUGCGCUCCGUCACCCACCUGCUAGAGACGGUAGAGCAGAGGACCAUGGAGGGCAUCCGCUCGGCCAUGCGCUACCUGACCAGUCACCUCACCCUACGCCAGGCCCAUGCUGGCCCCAACUGUGACUAG